CGCGGUCGCGACCGCGUGUUCAAUCGUUGCGGCUGACCUUUUCUCGCUCAUACUUCAUCCUGCGUGCAUAUGAAAGCGAGCGGUACUCUGCGACAACGGCCCUCAUCCUCGUGUUAUAAUCGGCGGCGCUGACCAGGCGCAGCAUCCUCGACUUAAACGAUGUCCGCCGCGUUCAGACCGCGGACACCGGACUCUCCGAGCAGCCUGCGCAAGGCUACCACUGCCAUCGAUGACCUGACCGCUGCUCUAUCCAACUUCAACCGUGUACCGUCACCUGAACCACCGAAUGCGACCGUAUGUUGCUGCGGGCGGGAGGAUUGCGAGUCGAGCAAGGCGUGGUGGGCGUUGAAGAAUAAGCUGGAGAACCGUCUGAUCCUGAGCGCAGAGAUUGGACAAGCACUGUUGGAGAGACAUGAGGCAUUUGUCCGACGACAUGAGUCGGGCCAGAGUGUGGAUGCAAGCAUCUCGAAUAUGCAGGAUCUCAUGGAAGACCCUUCAACUAGUAAACGGACGCAAGAAGAGGUAGAUGCACGAGUUGCGGAACUGGUACGCGAGAAUGCGGUCCUGGAGAAGCGGUUAUCGCAAGCGUUGGUCAACAACGAAGUUGUUGAUUUGACACACCACACUACGCUGGAAGAGCUGAAGCGGGCCAAGGAGAAAAUAGCUCAAAUGUCGGCACAGAAUGCUCGCUAUAUUGGGAUAGAUUCUCGUUUGGCCGCGGCUCUUCAGGAGAAGGACGACAUGCAUCAAGAACGUAAUAGCGCAAUCCAGUCGGCAAAGCUAGCGGAGGCACGAAUCGCGUCUCUGAAGGAGAAAUGCUCCAAACUACAAGAGCAAGCGGGCCAACUGCGCGAAGAUCUAGAAACUCAGAGAUCUCGGAGACGAGGAAUUUCGGAAGACAUGAUCAAAGAUGCCCGAGACCGUCUCCAUAGCCUGCAUCAGGCGCACCUGGGACAGUCUUCUACCGAAGAUAGCGGAGUGAGCAAGGUGCUGGAGUCUCUUGUGGCAGACAACGAAUCUCUAAAGCGGGAUUCCACUGAGCUUCAGCACCUCCUUGACGAGACGCAGGAAGAGCUUAGAACUCUUCAGGAAGAGGUUGAAGAGCAUCGAGCCAGCAACAGCUCUGCUGCAAGACAUCGGCACCAAGACAGCUCCACUUCCUCAGUCUUUGACGACAGCGCUACUUUGGCCUCUCCCUUUCGAGUUGGUACGGCCCCAGUCUCAUCAAUGCUCUCUACUAUCUUCGCAAGCCAGCAGAAAGCUGGUCCCUCAAGUGAGAAACGGGCUUCCAGCGCAGAGCGCCUUGGGCGGAGGGCUUUUGAACCUCUAACGCCUGACUCAACUCGCCGGCCACUGUCACCUGUAGUGUCGGGGGUGAAAACGUUGACUAUCGGUGGUCGCUCUCGUUAUGCGCCUUCGCACCGUAGUCUUGAUCUGGAUGAAGGCGACCCUGAUGACCCAGAGUCUCCUAUCAAGCCCACAGCCCACAAGACUCUCCUCCUGCUUACUCGAUCCAGAGCUGUGCAGACGGACGACGUGAGCACUCCGAGUGUCUUAGGCAUGACGCCCUUACCACGCGCCAUGGGCGAUCAACAUGACGCACAUUCCGAUUCGUCAACUCUAGCAGACGCAAAUCCUUCGGUGAUUGGCGUGCUCAUCGAGCGAUCUACCUCCCUCCUGAACCGUAUCGUCCAAGCUGAUGCCUUGACCCUAACUGCUCGGCUCAAGCGACAGAACCUACUCGGCGCUGACGUGUCUCAUCUCUCCCGUUCGACAGUCAACUCUAUUCUAAACGAGAACAAUGCUCUCCGGGCGCAGUUUCGAACAUGGCUUGAAGAUGACAAGAUUACAACAACAUGCACGAGGCGAGAUCUGCGCGCGUUAUUCAAGCUCUUCAAGGAUAUGUUCGCAGAGAUUGGCCAGCUCCGCGUUACCCUCAAUGACGUCAUCCUUGACCCUUCCGUCGCGAACAAGGUCAGCGAGAUGGCGCUACAUCCGUCCAAGGCGCCCAUGGCCACCGCUGGUAACGAAGCACCCUCUGCGGCGUCAUCCUCGGUGGGCUGGAUGGCUCCACUUACGAAGCUACUCGGCUUGCCUGGCGGCUCGAACCAGGAGGAAGCAGCAGCGCGGGCACUAUCCCCUCCUAUACGACCCAUUAGCAGAGGUGGAUCAAGGCCACCUGCACGAGUCGCUCCCAAGCGUGAGCCGGCGCUCUCUGCAACCACCACGACAGUGAACGUCGAGUUCUCUGGUACUGCAGUUGGUCGUGCGGUGACAGCAACAUCGUCCACUCGAGAGACCAGGGGCAACGUCUCUAAGCUGACUACGAGUGCAAGCGGGAGCUCGAUCUCUCUGGCUUCCACAGGCGAGUUGUCGAGAAACGUUAUGGAUAUUUUUGCUGGUGCACCGCGCCCAGCGGCAACCGCUGGUGAUCCAUGGAUCGUGAUCCCGCGGACUACAAGCCUGGGCGGGAGGCGAUACGAUCUGGCGGGCGGCGGGACAAUUGGUCGAGCGGCCAUGCGCAACGCGGCUCUUACCCGCGCGGCGGCCAAUCCGACGCUCUCCCGCGUCGUAGACGCAAUGAUUGACAGCUCGCAACCCGACAACUCGGAAACGCGAGAAGGCAUCUCGGACACAUUGCUACAACGGACGCUGAGACCGCGCGGUUUGUCCGACUCGUCUAUUCACACGACGUUUAUGAACCACGAGGAGGACGCCGAUCCACAGCCUGCAGCGGAAAUUCAGGAUGUGCGGCGCGACAAGCAGUCUGUUCUGCAAGCUCUUAGCCGCAAAGUGCAGAGCUUCAGAGUCGCCAGCUCGUCCGCUGCGCCCGUUGUGCUGCCAACGGCAGUUGGUGCAGGGCCAAGUGCACCUGUGCCCAUACGACGGGCGACACAGCCUGCGUCUUCAAACGCAGGAAGCCUGAUGCCGCGGCUGAAUCUCUCUGCGUGGGCUUCUGGAGACAUUGACGAGCACGGCGAACCGCGGCAGCCUCCGAUAUUCGUACCCGUAACGCGGGGAGAAGAGCCGGAGCUGAAUAGAGGAUGGGGAAGGGGCAUCUAGAGUGUUAGCUCGACGCACCAGCUCGGGAGUUCCUUGUGGCUCGAAGGCUUUGCUUGGAUCGAGGAAGGCCACACACUACGGACUCGCUGAUUGUUCUUAUCUAUUGCAUCGGUACAGUACUACACAUCUUCUUAUUUCUAACAAAAUUUGUCUGGCGUUCGUACAGUCUUGUAUAUAUAAUAUAAAUGUAACAAUUUAUUCAUUCACGC